GAUCCAACUAUGGAGGCAGCUGCAGAUCUUCGGGACACGGCCUUGUUAACUCUGAAGUUUAAGUUUAAUCCAAGGCUGGGCAUUGACAAUCCUGUCCUCUCCCUCGCUGAAGACCAGGACCAAUCUGAUCCCUGGAACCUGCACCGGCCUCGCUUUUGUCUGUUGAGCAAGGAGGAGGAAAAGACUUUUGGGUUCCAUUUGCAGCAGCAUCUAGGCAAGGCUGACCAUGUGGUGUGCAGGGUCGAUCCGGGCACCUCAGCCCAGCGCCAGGGUCUCCGGGAAGGAGAUCGGAUCCUAGCGGUGAACAAUAAUAUUGUGGCACAUGAGGACCACGCGGUGGUAGUGCGCUACAUCCGGGCCAGCGGUCCCCGGGUAUUGCUGACAGUCUUGGCACAACACGUGCAUGAUGUGGCGCGUGUUCUGCAGGGGAGUGACGCUUUCCUCUGUCCUACCCUACCCUCGGGGGUCAGGCCCCGGUUGUGCCAUGUAGUAAAAGAUGAAGGCGGCUUUGGCUUCAGCGUCACCCACGGAAGUCGAGGUCCUUUCUGGUUGGUGCUCAGUGCAGGAGGAGCUGCUGAGAGGGCAGGGGUGCCCCCUGGAGCCAGGCUGCUGGAAGUGAAUGGGGCCAGUGUGGAGAAGCUCACAUACAACCAGCUCAAUAGGAAGCUUUGGCAGAGUGGAGAUCAGGUGACUCUGCUGGUGGCAGGGCUGGAGGUAGAGGAACAGUGUCACCAACUAGGAAUGCCUCUUGCUGCACCCCUGGCAGAGGGCUGGGCAUUGCCCGCCAAGCCCCGAUGUCUAAACAUAGAGAAAGGACCUGAAGGCUUUGGGUUCCUGCUCCGGGAGGAGAAGGGCCUGGAUGGCCGACUUGGGCAGUUCUUGUGGGACGUGGAUCCAGGACUACCAGCUGACAAGGCUGGGAUGAAGGCUGGAGACCGCCUGGUGGCUGUGGCCGGGGAAAGCGUGGAUGGGCUGGGCCAUGAGGAAACAGUGUCUAGAAUCCGGGCACAGGGCUCUUGUGUCUCUCUCAUUGUCGUCGAUCCUGAGGCUGACCGCUUCUUCAGCAUGGUACGCCUGUCUCCCCUCCUCUUCUUGGAGAACACUGAGAUUGCUGCUCCUCCUCUGGCAGAGACCAAGGAUCUUCCGGUUGAAGACACAGUUGAGCCUUCUGGCCUUGCUGGCUCCUGCCAAUGCUUCUUGUACCCGGGGCCUGGAGGUGGCUAUGGAUUCAGACUCUGCUGUGUGGCCAGUGGGCCUUGUCUUUUCAUCUCCCAGGUGACCCCAGGAGGCUCAGCUGCCCGGGCAGGGCUGCAAGUGGGAGAUACAGUUUUGGAGGUGAACGGAUAUCCUGUGGGCGGAGACAGUGAACUGGACAGGCUUCAGCAACUGACUGAGGCUGAGCCACCCCUCUGCCUGAAGCUAGGAGCUAGGAAUCCGCAGGGCUUAGAAGCCUGGAUUUCCUUGGAGUCUGGAGAGGACUGGACUCUGGCUUCAGAGUUGCUAUAGGACAUCCCUGUUCAGCCUAGCUUACCAGCAUAGACUUGCCUAGUAGUUCUCCUGCCCUCGCUCUGCACCCUGAGGUGGAGGGAGCUGGGAACAAUCUCUUGAAGUUGGAAUUGGGAGCUGGAGGAUUCAGAAACCACCAAUCACAGGACUGCCAGGGACCUUCUCCUUUCUCAUGAGCCUACCUCCAGCAGAGGGGUGUGGACAGAGACCGAAGGCGGGCUCCACAGGGAGCCUGAGACGCCACAGGAUGCUAUAUGUGGACAUUUUGGGGAGCUGUGCGCCAAAGAUGCAGUUCUGCUCAAGAAGAUGACGCUGUGGAGCCACCGAGGAUUGAAGCCAUGGAGAACAUAGGUUAGAUGUGGCUCUGUUGUCAUCUGGCAGAAGGAUUGAUUGGAGGUGUAUCUUCCUUCUACUGUGGAUACCUUAGAGUCUUGGGAGCUGGUUCUUGGCUAUUGUAAUGUCCUGGUACAGCCUUUCCCAGCUGGCUGGUGAGAUAGCUUAAAAGGUAAAGGUGCUGGCUUCUAAGCCUGGCAACCGGAGUUGACUCACCAGAACCACACGGUAGAAGAAGAGAACCAGCUCCUGGAAUUUGCCCUCUGACCUCUUUGUGAGCACUUUAGUAUACAUACGCUACUGUCCAAAUAAAUAAGUAAAUGUAUGUAUAUGUAUACAGAC